ACUGGUGGGGAACUUCAGAACAUCCCUCCCUCAGCUGCAAGCUUCUUAAAUAUAGUAGUAGCUGAACCUUCAAUUGAAAACAGACAGGCUGUGUCUGUAGCUUGUGCCGCCUUUGUGUGCUUGUUGCUCAGUGUCCAGGGAAUGGUCUGAGUGCUGCUCUCUGGUCCAUUCCAGCCAAUACCAUGAGGUCCAGCUUUCCUUCAGUGGUGCCUGUGCUUCUGCCCCUGUUCCAGCUUCUGCUACAUACACUGCCACUCCAUGCAAACCCAGAGUCUGGAGUGUCCUUCUUUGGGGACGGCUAUGUAGAGAUGCCCUUCGCAAGCGCCUGCAGCACCAUCCAGCUUCAUCUGCAGUUCUACACCCGGCAGCGGAACGGACUCCUCUUCCUGGCUGCAGGGCAGAAGGACUAUCUACUGUUGGAGCUCCGGGCUGGCAUUCUACAGGCCAGAGUGGACCUGGGCUCUGAAGAACUGACUCUCAAGUCCCCAGCAGGACCACAUCUCAGUAACCUCAUCAUCCACGAUGUUGAUCUGUUGAUAGCCGAUGGGUGGAUGACCCUGAUUGUGGAUGGCCUUUUCAAUACCUCUGUGGAAAUCCCAGAGGAUGAGCUGGACAUCAAUUAUGGCCUCUAUGUGGGAGGAACAGGGAGCCUGGAGCUGCCGUAUCUCAUCGGAAUGAGUGUGCCCUUCAGGGGCUGCCUCCACAUGGUGACGUUCAAUGAUCGCGAUGUCCUAUCCACAUUGGCUUCUAGCAGUGGCACCAAGAGAUCCCACGGCAUCCGAGAGGGGUGCAAUGUAGAGUUCUCUGCUGGGCCCAAUGAUCCCCUUGGCUUUCUGGGACCAAACUCUUAUAUUGCGCUCCCCGGCUGGAGUGCAAGGAAUGAAGGGACCCUUGAGUUUGUAAUAACCACAAGCGUCAAGCAAGCCCCUCUGAUCUAUCAGUCAGGUCUUGAGAAUGACUUCUUCUACCUGGAGAUCUUUGACGGGCGCUUGAGAGGGGUGGUGGAGAAGGGCAAUGGUGUUGUGGUGCUCCACAACAACGUUUACCUCAGCAAUGAGGAGGAACACUACGUCAAGGUCUUCAUGGAUGUCCGGAAGUUUGAGAUCCUCGUUGACUACUAUGCCUCACAGACCUCCAACAAGGGCAUUCACAGUCCCCUCGAUCUUCAAGGGCCACUCUUCCUGGGAGGUCUGAAUGAGAAGGCUGCCCAGAGAAUGAGAGAGCGUGGGCUGGGUUUUAUGUCUGGAAACAGCUUCUCUAACACCUCCUUUGUGGGCUGCCUGGAGGACCUGAGGAUAAAUGAGGAGAAGAGGAGUUUACAAGAUGCUCUCAUCACAAGGGACAUAACAGCUGGCUGCAGGAAACUGGAGCAGUACUCUGACUACGAUGACGCAUAUGAGCAGGAUGAGGCCCCCACAAGCUCUGCUCCUGACCAUUGGCAUGGCCCUGUUAUGGAAUCAUGUCGCCCUGAUGCCAGCCUCCCCCCAGUCUUUGCUAACUUCACCAAAUUGCUACAUGUCAGUCCUUUGGUUGUUGCUGAAGGAGGUAUGGCUUUUCUGGAGUGGCGACACACCCAGCCAACCAUUGACCUGAACAGCGCUAACAUCAGGCAGUCUCAGGUGGUUUUCAGCAUCAACAGGGACCCAAGGCAUGGGCAACUGGAGUUAGGAAUCUCCCGGGCCAGGGGCAGAAGGAAAUUCACUCUGUUGGACAUCAUUAAUCGAAAAGUCAAGUACGUUCAUGACGGCUCCGAGAGACCAAUGGAUCAGUUGCUGCUGGAGGUAACUGUCACUGCCAGGAAAGGGAUCCCAGAGUGUCUGCAGCAAGGUCAGAUCUAUCUGCUACCCAUAAAGAUAAGUCCAGCCAAUGAUCCCCCUGAAGUGGUCUUUCCACAGGGAGAUCACAUGGUCAUUCUGGAGCACACGCGCAAGCAUCUCAACCCAGACAUUGUCCGUGCACUUGAUGAUGAUACCCCCUGCGACAGCUUACGAUUCCAACUGCUUGGUGGGAAGAGAAUGGAAGAAGGCUACAUAGAAUAUGACUUCCACCCUGGAGUCCCAAUUGAGGAGUUUUCCUGCAGGGACUUGGAAGCCGGUCAUGUGGUCUAUGUCCACCAAAAUGGGCCCACAUCAACCCUCAUUGUCCAAGUUAAUGAUGGCAUGGUGAUGAGCCCAGUUGCUACCUUAAGGGUGGUUGCUGUGGAGCCAGACAUCCAGGUACGCAACAACACAGGCCUGUUUGUCACGCAAGGGGGUGCAGUUCCUAUCACCCUGGCCAACCUUUCUGUAGAGACCAAUGCAGUACAGCAAAAAGUGCCCAUCUUGUAUCGCCUGACUAUGCCCCUUCAAUACGGUGAGAUCCAAAAGCAAGGGAGCCUGGGUGGAGAAUGGAAGAGGGUGGAGUCUUUCUACCAGCAGGAUGUUGAGCAAGGGUGCAUCCAAUAUUUCAGCACGGACGAAGAUCACCAUGCAGAAGAUACAAUUGAGAAGCUACAGUUUGUGGUCCAAGUGGGUCAGAAGACUUUGAGAAACAACACCUUCCUCAUUAGGAUCAAGAGGGCCACCAUCAGGAUGAAGACCAUGAUCCCCCUCCAGAUGAUGAAUAAGAAAGAGAGGAACAUCACCUCUGCUGAUUUGGGGGCAGCCUUAGAGGAGCUGAGUUCUAGCUCAGAGCCUUUCCACUAUGUCAUAAUUCAGCCACCCAGAAAGGGGAACCUCGAGCUUCGUGGCACAAGGCUGACUGAAGGCUUCGGUUUCACACAAGAUGAUUUGCAAAGCCAUCAGCUCAGCUACAGCGCAACCAUCCGAGACUCAAAGGAGACUGAAGACACCUUCCAAUUCCGUGUCAUAGCUGGAGAGCAAUACUCCCCCAUAUAUACUUACAGGAUACAGGUUGGGGGGGACCCGGAUGCCCCUAUUCUGACCAAUGUCCUUCUGUCUGUUUUGGAAGGAGGGCAGGCUGUCAUCUCCAGGGACCACCUGUUUGUCAAGAGUGCAAACAGCAUGAACUACGUGUAUGAGGUAGUAGAUGGUCCAACCCAUGGGAAGCUGAUCUGGAGGACACUUGAGCAUGUGCCAGCCAGCAAGGAGGUGAUAACAAAAUUCACCAAUGAAGACAUCCUCCAAGGCCGCCUUGUUUACCAACAUGAUCAUUCAGAGACCCUGGAAGACGAUAUUCCAUUUGUGGCCAUCAAGCAGGAAGAGGGAAGCUCUGACUUCGAGGCUGAGGAUGUGAGAGGCGUUUUCAGGGUCUCUAUUCAGCCUGUGAACAACCACCCUCCAUUCCAGUUGGUCAACAAGGUCUUUAAUGUGGUGCGGCACGGGCAGCGCUUGAUGACCACUGAUGAUAUUGCCUUCUUUGACAAGGACUCAGGAUUCUCAGAUACCCAGAUAGUGUUAGUAAGGAAGGACAUUCUUUUUGGUAGCAUCAUAGCUGUCGAGAACAGAAGCCGGCAAGUCUAUCGUUUCACUCAGGAUGACCUAAGGAAGAAGAAAAUCCUCUUUGUCCACUCUGGAGCUGACCGGGGAUGGAUCCAGUUCCAGGUUUCUGAUGGCCUGCAUCAGGUGGCGGCUCUCUUGGAAGUGCAGGCUUCAGACCCUUACCUCAAAAUCAGCAGCUCCACAGGCUUAGUCAUCCACCAAGGCAGCCAAGGGACCAUUGACUCCUCCAUCCUCAGCUUGGAGACCAACAUGGAUGUCAGGACUGAUGAAGACAUUCUCUUCCGCAUCGUAACCCCACCCAGAUGGGGCAUGAUGCUGCGAGGUGGGCAGCAAGUGUCCUCUUUCACCCAGAGGGACCUGCUGGCAGGAGAGGUUCUUUACCAGCACAAUGGGAGCAGGAAUUCCCAAGACAAGAUCCACUUUUCUGUCGAAGCAAACCAGGCGGCUGUUGACGCAGUGCUGAAGAUUGUGAUAGUUCUGGACCCCCAUUCUAGCCUGCUAAACCUUGUUCACCAUGAGAGAAUACGGAUUCUCCAAGGGGAAGCCAUGGAGAUCAAGAAUGACUAUUUGCUAGUUGAACAUGAAGAGAUCCCUCCCCAGGAGAUCAUCUACACUGUCACCAUCUCCCCACUUUCAGGAUUCUUAGUGGCCUUAUCUCAUGGCUCCACCUCGGACGAGCCUCCCAGCUUGGAUCCCAUUCAGACCUUCACCCAGGAGGACAUAAAUGAAGGCAAAGUCCUCUACCUCCAUUCCAGCCCUGAGAUACAGGGUGACCAGUUCACCGUUGACAUCACAGCCAACGGGGUGGAUGCCCUGGCAGGUGUUGUGGUGGACCUGGAGAUCCUUCCUAUUUCUGUCCCACUGGAGGUGUACAACAUGACUGUGAAUGAAGGGAGCUCCCAGGCGCUCUCCAUGGACAUCCUGAAUAUCCCCAGCACUUACUUCACGGCUCUUAAGGUGGAGCUUGUCAUCCUUGAACCGCCAGAACAUGGUGUUUUCCAGAAGGUGGAGAGACCUGAAGAGGGCAGCCUAAGUGCAUUUUCUUGGUCUGAGGUGGAGCAUCAGCUUGUCCAAUACAUGCAUGACGGCAGUGAGUCUUUGGUUGACAGAUUCACAGUGGUCGCCAACAUCUCCAAGCACAACCAAGAGAGCCAACCCAGGACGGUCUACAUUGACAUUCUCCCAAGCAAUGACGAGGCUCCGGUGCUGAUGGUCAACAUGGGACUGCAGAUGCAAGAAGGUGGCACAGCAGAGAUAACUCCUGAACACCUCAGCAGUGAAGAUGAAGACAGCCCUCCAGAGGAAGUCAUUUAUUCCAUCAGGGCACCUAUCAAUGGAAAGGUUGUGUUGAAGCCAUCGCCUACCACCUCGGUCCAACGGUUCACCCAGGCCCAGAUCAACAGCCAGCUUGUUCAGUUCGUCCAUGAAGGGUCCCUGGAUGGAGGCUUUUCCUUUGACUUGUCUGAUGGGGAGAAUAUGUCUCCCGGGCAUUUCUUUGCUGUGAGGGCCGAAAAGAAACCGGUUGUCACUCUGGAAAGCAAGAGAGAUCUGAUAGUGUGUCCAGGCUCUCUUCAGCCAAUCAGGAGCCAGAACCUGAAAGCAGUGACCAAUGACGAGGCAGAAGCCCAGUCGCUCUCUUACAUCAUAGAACAGCCUCCAGGCUUUGGCAAAUUGGUGAAGAGCCAGAAGGGGGAGGACAGAGGGCAGCUGAGGAACUUCACCCAAGCUGAGGUGGAUGCUGGGGUAAUAUCCUAUCAGCAUGAAAUGCCACAGGAACCUUUCUGGAUUCUUGGGGACACUUUCCACUUCCGAAUUUCUUCUCCCUCCAUGAUCUCAAACCUGUAUGUCCUUGAUGUGUUGGUCUCCUUCAACAUCAGCUGUCCUCACAGCUCCACUCUGUGGAGAAACAAAGGCCUCACUGUUUCAGAAGCUCAAAGUGCAGUGGUCAACAUCUCAUUACUGGAUGCUUCUAACCUUCUUGCUAAAGAACCUGCCUCCAGAAGAGCAUCGUAUGAUGUGAUAUUUCUGGUGACGGAGCUACCUAGCCAUGGGACCCUGUCCGUUGCUGAUGGACCAGUUGAUAAAAAGCAUCCCUACUUCCUCCAGUCUGAUCUUGCUGCAGGUGACUUGGAAUAUGCCCACCAUGGACCCAGCACCCUGGGAGAUCAUUUCAGCUUUAAAGCCUGGCUCCGGCCCAGCACAGUAAGAUCUAUUCAGCCCCCACAAAAUGUGGAGGAGCCUGUCAUUUCUGGGAUGUUCAACAUCACAGUGAGUGACAGUAAUGAAAUGCCACCUGUGUUGCUCACCCAAGGCCAGGUUCUGCAGGUCCUCCAGGGUUCCCCCGCAAUGCUUUCUCAGGAACAACUGAACACCAUGGAUCCUGACAGUUUCCCUGAAGAAAUCAAGUACAAGAUCCUUUCAGGGUUCUCUAGUGGCUUUGUAGUCAAUAUCCAUGCUAUGCAGGUGGCAAUUACCCAGUUUACUCAAGCAGACAUCAAUGCAGGGCACUUGAGGUUCAUCGCCAAUGGAACAGACUCUUCUGGAGUCUUACACCUUGCUAUCUCCGAUGGACACAGUCCACCCAUCUUAACUUCUUUGGAAAUCAUAGUUCUUCCAGCAACCACCUGGGCAACAAAUCAGAUCCCGUUGGAGAUACCACAGGGUGUCAACAUGGCCUUCCUGUCUCGCAAGCACCUUCUGGGGGCCUCAGGCCAAGAGCAGCAAAAUGCUGUCUAUAGACUCAUCAGGGACCCACAGUUUGGUCAGGUGAAUGUCAACCAAAAGCCCGUGAGGGACUUUUCACAGAGCCAAGUGGACAAUGGAGAAGUGGCGUUUACUUUCACUGACUUCAUCUCCCCCAAAGAUGAAUUCCAGUUCCUUGCCACAGCAGGAGAUGUCAACAUUUCAGGCAUUGUGAAUGUCAUGGUCAAGGCCUUGGUCAAAACCCAGCAGGAUAUCCUUUGGCCAAGAGGAGCCACUGUCCAGCUCAACACUGACAUCCUUGAUGCAAGUGAGCUGGGCAGCAGGACCAAGAGCGUCCCAGCCUUCAAAAUCCUCCGGGCACCCCAAGGGAGCCAUUUUGUGAAACUCUCGAGAGACAAAAGGAACCAGCCUGUCUCCACCGAUGCCUUCACCCAGCAGGAUAUUGAGGGAGGGCUAGUUGGGGUGGAGAUCUGGGAAAGAGAAGACUCUCAGGAAAACCUCCAGCAGGACAGCUUUCUCUUUGAGUUGGUGGCUGAUGGGGUGCCCCCUGCUGUGGAAUCAAUGACAUACAUCACCGAGGUCUUCAAUUCCUCAACACCCUAUGGAGGGAAACUGCUCAAAGUGCCUGAUUUCCAAGAGGGGGGCCAAAGCUCCACAAGCCAAAGCAUAACCCCUUCUCCGCAGAUGUUGACAACUAGGCACCCAGAGCCAGAAAACACUGAGUAUAACUCCAGUGAGACACGUGUUCAUCCAACAGCAUGGGCUGGGCACAUAACAGUUACCAGCGCAUUUCCUAUGGAAAGGAGCACACUCCUUAGUUUCAUUGAAGCCAAUAUGUUCAGCAUCAUUCUCCCCAUCUGCCUCAUCCUUCUGCUUCUGGCUUUGAUCCUGCCCUUGCUGUUCUACCUCCACAAACGGAACAAGACUGGCAAGCACAAUGUCCAAGGGACACCCCCCAAAUACAAGAACGGUACAGUGGUAGACCAGGAGACUUUCCGGAAGACUGACCCUAACCAAGGCAUCCCUUUGACAACGGUCAACACACUGGAGGCCAAAGGAACAGGACCCAACUCUAAGGGGAUAGGGCCGGGAGGCCAGCAGGAUCCAGAACUGCUCCAAUAUUGUAGGACACCCAACACAGCCUUAAAAAACAGUCAGUACUGGGUCUGAGGACUGGAGCGAGGGACAAAAUAGCCUCUCUUGAGGUGGAGCGCCAUGGGCUGCGUGGUUUCCUAAAGAUUAUCUCACCUCUUUCUCCUCCUCUGCCUGAUUGCCUGAUUUAUAUAUGAGACAGUCCCUGGGAUUCAAGGAAGCCCUUCCUGCACAGGUCAAAUUCUUUACUGGUUCUCCAGACCUGGUUUUCCUCAAAGAUGUUGGCUCAAUGGCAGGGAAGUCUCCUGGAAUGAAAUAAGGGAGACCCUAACAAAGCUGUACGUUUUUCAAGGGAGAAUAGAAAAUUGCAGCUUCUCCUCUUGACAAUCAAAGCUUUCCUCUGUUGUUUUUUAAAAGCAAUUUUAAAGUUCUUAUCAAUGCAACAAUGUGCUUGAAAGCAUAUGGAAAUCUUAGAACCCAAAAGAGGAACCAACUGCGGUUUCCAAGGAUUCAUGGGUGGAGCUUCAGUGUCCUCACAUAGCUUCUCCCCGUGACUAGCAGAAGCUCAAAUAAAUUAUGCAGAAUACUAAGCGCUGCCAGAUAAAUUAUGCAAAACAAGAGAAAGCAUACACAUUUAUCUAAUUUAUGCAGAUUUCAGAAUCCUGUUUUUCUCAGGGGGGUGAAGGUGUCACAGAAUAACUGGGAUGAGAGUGCUUUUUGAAAAAAAAAUGUUAUUUAUUAAGAAGACUUUGUGUGCAGCUUGCAAGCUUCAACCCAGCAGAAACUGGUGGGACAUUUUUGCAGACCGUCUGGGGAUGUCUGCUCCCCUCUCCUCCCUCCUCGCCUCUCCCAAUUAAUAAUAAUAAUAUUUUUAUUGUCAACGUACAACCUCCAUCUCCAGGGAUCAGUGGUGUGAGGGAGCACUGGGCUGCACGUGUAACACCACCAGGGCCAUCCCUAGGUCUCAGGUUUAGCCUGAGAUAUCCUGGCUGGGCAGCCCUAGAGGUAGGGGUGGGAUGAUGCUGUCGCCCCAAAUACAUGUGAUUAAAAAACAACAACAGGGAACAACCACGGGACAAGACAAUGAAUAUCCCUAAGUGACUUUCUCUCCUACUCCACUGUAGUUUAAGAGUCAAAGCAGCAGCAACAGCACAGGGGAAAGUUUGGUGACACCUGAAUGGUUGCAAAAAUUUACUAUGGCAUCAGCUUUCAUGGGACAAGAGUCCACAUGGUUUUGAAAACCAGGUUGCUAGGAAAGGCAAGCAGCCACCCUUUCUUUCCUGUUUCUCCCUGCCUUGAGCUUCUGAGCUGCAGCCAGGCCUACCAUAAGGCAGACUGAGUUGGUCCUGACUCAGGUGGCAGAUCAUAGAAGGCAGGAUGUGGCGGCGAGGAGUUGGAGGACAGAGCAGUCUGUGCCAUAAGGCUUGCCAGGCAUGUCCCUAAACCUCAGUUAUGCCAGAAGACACGGGUGUUUUCCCAAGUCAUACCCACACCAUACAUUUAAAGCACUCCUAUAGUGCUUGAGCAGUCAUGGCUUCCCCCAAAGAAUCCUGGAAACUGUAGUUUGUGAAGGGUGCUGACCUCACAGCCUUCCGUUUCCCAGCACCUUUAACAAACUACAGCUCCCAGGAUUCUGCAUGACUGCUGAAGUGCUAAACAAGCACUGUGGGUCUGCCCCCUGCUCCCAGUGUUAAGAUUUAAUUGCUACUCCAGUUGAACAGUGUGUAGAAUGGAAGGGACACCACUUCAUGCCCCAGGGAUAAAAUUAUCUUGGGCUAGCCCUAUUCUCACUGAUUUAAUCAGGCACAACUUGCCCCCCCCACACACACUUAGGUCCCAUCCACUAAAUACAUUUAAAGUACUCGGAGAUACCACUUCUGAAACAGCUAUUGUUUGUCAUUUGUUCAGGGUACUAGGAACUGUACUUCACAAGCUACACUUCCCAGGAUUCUUUAGUGGGAAUGGGAGGGAAGUCGCAUCGCAUAUGAGUGCUUCAGAUGUAUGGGGUAGCCGUGCCUUCACUUCCUUCAACUGCCCCCUUGGGGGGUGGAGCUAAGGAUUAUAAACAGCUGCCCAAGCCCCAUCUGCUCCUCUCUGCUCCAAUCACGUGUUCUGAAACAAACAUGGCAAAUGGCACAUGACCCCACUUUUUGUUCUAGGACUCCAUUGGAAGAGAGACCUUUUCCCCUCCAGGCUAAGGUUACCAGAUUUUUUUCAAUGCAUCCGGGGACACUUUUCAACUUCAAUGGAUUUUGUAUGGGGACUGAUUUGUAAAUCCAGGGACUGUCCCCGGGAAAUGGGGGCGUCUGGUAACCUUAUUCCAGGCCCAUCCUUGAAUAUUCCAGUUUCAACUUUCUAGUCCUUUCACUUUUUAUGACACCAUAACAUUCUACCUAUAGCUUAGUGCACAAUUUCCUCGUGCUUUUAAGCCUAUGAGUCAAAUUUAAUUAUGUUUUAUUAACCAUUUAAUGCAGUGGCAUAACUUUGCGUCUAUAUUAAGCUGUAGUUAUAUUUUGGCUGCCCUGCAGUGGUUCCCUACCGAGUUAUGGAUAUGGUUUAUCACAAAAUUUCUGGGUUUUCUUGAGUGGGUAACACAGGAACAAGCUGCCCCACAAAACUGUCGUGUGAUUGAGGGUUGCAUCCAUACUCUCCAUUUAAAGUACACGACUUCCCCCCCAAUAAUCAUGGGAAUUGUAGUUCGCCCCUCAUAGAGCUAUGAUUCCCAGCAUCCAUAACAAACUGCAGCUGCCAGGAUUCUUUGGGGAAGUCAUAUGCUUUAAUUGUGCUUCAGACAUGGUCUGUGGGUAAGGCCUCCUUGGGUCAAAAGGUCCUAUGAAGAAGAGAUGAAGGAGCCAGUCAUGUUUUGGCCUGGAGAAGAGAAGCUAAAGGGAAAUAUGAUGGCUGCCUUCUGCCAAAAGGCCACCAGAGAAGAUGGAGCAGACCUGUGCUUGUUCUUCCAGAGGGCAGAACCAGAACCAAAGGGUGGGAACAAUAAGAAAUCAUAUUUUGGCUAAACAUUAGGAGACUCUUCCUAACAAAGCUGUUUCCCAACAGAAUGGGCCAUUUUGGAAAGGCUCUCCUUUGCUGGGUGUGUUUAAACAAGGCCAGGGGCUCCCCCACACCAGACCUUUAAGGAAUCCCAGACACUGUACUGUAAGCUUGCUAUGGGUGCUGGGAAUUGUUGCUCUGUGGUGGGGAAGCUCCAGUUCCCAGGAUUCUUUAAGAAGGGGCAUUACUGUUAAAUGUGCUUUUAGAUGUAUGGUGUGGAUGUGGCCUGGGAUGUUACACUGAAAAGAUUCCUGCAUGGAGUCUUGUUGACCUUUAAGGUCCCUUCCAACUCUAAAAUCUCUAUGACGCUAUGACGUUAAGGAAGGGCAAGGGGAAGGGGAAGGGGAAGGGAACCUCUCUAGCCCUCUGGAUGUCACUGGGCUUCAACUCCCCUUAUCCCUGGGCCUCAAGGGAGUAGGAAUCAUAGCCUCAUAGAAUUGUAGAGUCAGAUGAUACCCCAAGGGUCAUCUAGUCCAACCCCCUGCAGGUGGCCAUCCAACCUCUGCUUUAAAACCUCCAAGGAAGGAGAGGCCACAACUUCCCAAAGGAGACAGUUCCACUGUCCAACAGCUCUUACUGUCAAAAAGUUCUUCCUGAGGUUUAGUCGGAAUCUCCUUUCUCAUCACAUGAAACUUCAUUGGUACGAGUCCUACCCACCCUAGAUCAAGUAAAACUACGGUAUAGAAAUACUUAACUAACUGACCAAUCACAUCGGUUCUGCCCCCCCCCCACAAAAAUCUGGGCCACACUCAUGUUCCCACCAGUGGUGUACACACAGCAUUAGUCUCAAUCCUUAUCUAUCCUGUCAGUUCUUAUGAAACACUGGAUUUCUCCCCAAACCUGCUUCAAUCCCAAUUGAGAAAAAUAACAAGCUAGAUGUGUUCCAGCCUCAAAGUCAAUGAGGGGCAAACAGGUCCCAACUGCCCCAUACAUUUAAAGUGCUAUGGUGACACACUCACAGCUCCACCCCCCUGCAAAGGAAUCCUGGGAGCUUUAGUUUGUUAAGGGUGCUGAGAGUUGUUAGGAGAAUCUCUAUUCCCUUCACGGAACUGCAAUUCCCAAUGUUCCCUGGGGAAGAGGGACUGAUUGUUAAACCACUCUGAGAAUAGGAGACAUAGGUCUCCUAACAAUGCUCAGCACCCGUCACAAAUCACAACUCCCAGGAUUUUGGGGGGAAGGCAUGACUAAUUGAAGUGGCAUGGUGCAAAUAGGGCUUAAAUUAUGCAACUGUACUGUACACACUUUUCAGUGCUAUUUUUCUCGACAAAGAGAGAUGCCAGAAUUCACCCUGAAUGCCUCCCUUGUUCUCCUCAAAGGGGAAUGGUGCCCACCUGAGAGAUGCUGGAACUGAGUUCCGGUGAGUUCCAGCUGGAAAAAGCCUUCUUUUAAUCCUGCUUUUAAUCCAGUAACCCACCCAGUGGCGGAGCUAGCCACUCAGGCACUCAGAGCGGCGUACAUGCCAUGCACCUGGGGGGCUGGGCGAUCGGCGCCAUUGGGGGCAAUCGGUGCGGUGAUCAGUGCCCAGGGGGGAUUUGGUCACCCCCCUCAGGGAUGACACCUGGAGCAGAUCGCCCACCGCCCCCCUUCCUAAGCCCCUGAACCCGCCCAUUCCCCCAAUCAUGAGAUUUUGUCAUUUUGUUUUCUGAAGGCACAAGAGGUGCUGGUGAUAUGGAAAUAGCCCCUCUUGGUACCAGCAUGAAGCAAAGGGUGGACCUUUGUGGGCAUGUGAAGAAUACAAGAGACUGACAGAAGGAAGCCAUGCCUAAAAGCUAGACCCGACUAUUUUGGUGGGUUUUUUAAAUAAAAUAAAAAUUAAAGGGGAAAAUGGAUGUACAUUUCCAAAAUAUAAGAUAAAAAACAAAUAAAAUAAAACCUACAUACAGCAACCCCUGUUUUGUGUGGUGUAGGCUCUUAUGAUGUAAAUAAUGGGCCCUGCCUGCUAUAUAUAGGGCCCCAUAACCUUCUGUAGCUUAGGGCCUCAUCAGACUUAAAUCUGGCCCUGAAAAUAAGUCUAUCAGAUGUUGCUUCACAUGGAUUGAGUACAGUGGUAAAGGUAAACCCCUGACCAUUAGGUCCAGUCGUGACAGACUCUGGGGUUGCGGUGCUCAUCUCGCAUUAUUGGCCGAGGGAGCUGGUGUACAGCUUCCAGGUCAUGUGGCCAGCAUGACAAAGCCGCUUCUGGCAAACCAGAGCAGCACACGGAAACGCUGUUUACCUUCCCGCUGUAGCGCUACCUAUUUAUCUACAGGCGCUCACCCCAUUGCAGGGAUUCAAACCGCCAACCUUCUUAUCAGCAAGCCCUAGGCUCUGUGGUUUAACCCACAGCGCCACAGGUUAAGUACUUAAUUGGUUUCAGAAGUCCGUACUUAACCUGAAGUCUACUUAACCUGAAGCGUACUUAACCUGAACCGAACUUUCCCAUUGAAAGUAAUGGAAAGUGGAUUAAUCUGUUCCAGACAAUGAAAAACAUCCCCUAAAACAGCAAUUUAACACAAAUUUUACUGUCUAACGAGACCAUUGAUCCAUAAAAUGAAGGCAAUAAUCAAUGUACUAUACUAUAAAAUAAAUAAGACAGUACUGUAGAUGAAAAAAAUUAAUGUUUACAGUGGUACCUCGGGUUAAGUACUUAAUUGGUUCCAGGGUGCCAUUCACACCCUGAAAAGUACUUAACACAAGUGGCGAUAGCACACAUGCGCAAAGGGCCGAUAGAGCGCUUCUGCGCAUGCACGCAUGGCGGAACCCGGAAGUAAACACUUCCUGGUCCGUGGAGUACUUAACCUGAAAGUACUCAACCUGAAGCGUACUUAACCCGAGGAAUGACUGUAAUUUAUAACAAGGCGACCAACUUUGUAAAAAAUGCCUGGAAUAAAAAUGGGCUAUUUUUUUAACAAAAACGCACGGUCAUGUCGAAAUUUAUUAGAGGGGGCAGGAACUUGUCUUCAAAGGAAGAGGCAGAGCAGAGUUAUUUGACCUUCACAUUUUGCAAGAAGAGGAAUUCCAUAUUACUUUGGAGAUGAGGUAGGCACAGACUGGAUUCCUCUCCAGCUUCUGCAAUGUUUCCUUGCUAAGCACAUGGGCUUGCUGUGCAGUGCCGGCUCCACCAUUAGGCAAAAUAAGGCCACUACCUCAGGUGGAAAAUGUCAGGCUUGCAGGAGGGUGGGGGUGGGCAGGAGCAAAUGCAUCACAAAAAAAGCAGGUGCAGGACACCAGCUAGAGCCACAACGCUGUAAAUACCUUUAUAAGCUCACUGGAGCAGAUCUCACGUUCCAGCCAGGCACAUUUUAUUUCACUUUAAACAUGGGCCAGGAGCAUAGCUGUGGGACCAGCAUCACUCACAUGGUCUAUCACUACUUUCCAGCAGCUCUGAGGGCUGGGAUUGUCUUCACGCUGUUGUUCGCAGACUCACCUGUCAGCAGCCACACAAACUGCAGUGUGGCAACAUCCUUAAGAACCAUAGCUGCCAAGUAUCCCGUUUUUCACGGGAAAGCCCCUUAUUUCCAAGCCAUUCCCGGUGCUGCCACGGAUUUGUGCACUUUUUAAAAGUUUGCUUUCGUUGUUUUACUCCCUGCUUAAUUAAUUUGUGUGUAUCUCUCUGUGUGUGUGGGAGGGGGGUGUUUGUAGAACAAUAGGAUUAAGGUCUUUUUCUCAACUGUUCAUGUUAUAACAUUUUUGCUGUGAAGAAGAGGCAUGUGAUCUCUGGUGAGUCAAAUUCAGUUUUGAGAACUGCAAAAGUAAACCAAGCAUCUGUGAUAAUAUCUUGUAGGAGAGAAACUGCCCAAUAAUCUUACAAAAACCUCUGGAAGAGCAUGACAUUGUGAAUGGAUUAAUCACACCUGCCAAGUCCUGGACUGCAGAAUCCGGGACCGGCAGCCGCGUGACAGCGAAAGUUGCGUAGACGCAACUUCUGGUGUCGCUUUGCCCAUCUAUGGGCACCGAAAAUGGCCGCUGCCGACACCGGAAGUUGCGUCUACGCACUUCCAGACAUGCGUAGAUGCGACUUCCGGUGCCGGUGCCAGCCAUUUUCGGUGCCCAUAGAUGGGCAAAGCAGGGGAAAAAUGGCCGCCGGCAGGAGCAGAAUAAGGGAGAAUAACGGGAGAUGAACUGAUACGGGGGACCGCCAGGAAACGGUACAAAAAAAGGGGGGUUCCCGGGGAAAACGGGGUACCUGGCAGCUAUGGGAUUAAUGGAAUUUUUUCCCAAAAAAGUUAAACAUAUACAGCCUUAUUCUACAUAAUUAAAAAACUAAUCUUUAUUUCAUGAUGGAAUAACCUUUGGAUGGCAAUAUACUUUCCUCAAAAAGCAUUUUAUUUAAAAAAAUCCAAUUUAAAUCCAAAAAAUCCAAUUUAAAUCCAAAAAAUCCAAUUUAAAUCCAAAAAAUCCAAUUAAAUUUUUUAAAAAUCAUUGAUUUUAAUCCACCCUGCAAUUUACAGUUCUUUCUAGUUUGGCGCUCGGUAUGAUUUAAUCCUAAUUGCUCCUGUUUUAAAGCUCACUCUGGCUGGCAGUAUGCAACAGAGAAAGAUGGAUUGCUUUUGGCUCCUCCAAAUUACAGUUAACAUUUUCAGACGCAGCAGGCAAAAAGUAAGAGUACUAAUUUCCAGAAUGUCCCCUGGGUGUGCCAGCCUUGUCCUACCUAGAAUGUGUCUGGCUGCUAUGUAAAAUAUCAGAUGAUCUAUUGUUUGAAAAGCACCAAGUCCUCUCUCUAAGAAAUUAGAAUUCUCUUAAUGCGUUCUCCUGUAUCCAAGUUAGGCCAGACACACACUUCAUAGCUAGAGAUCAGAAUUUUACAUUUCUUAGGAAUGGUGGUUAUUUGCAUCCAUAGUGUCUGCCUGUACUUGACACUUCUUAACAGGCAGAAAUUCAACAUGUAAAAAUUUCCUCUUCACUACAUGUUCACACUAGGGAAAUGUAGUACCUGUGUUGAAUGUUCGCUUGUUGCGCAGCUUUUAAAGGUACAGCACCCAAGCCAGAGUCCCACAUCUUUUUGCACAAGAUAGUGACCGCCGAGGACUCCUUAUCCCUUUCCCUCUCCCCUUUUCAUUGUAUGUCUCAGAAUUAUAUUAUAUAUAGAUGGUUUAUAUGAUUUUAUUGUUUUAUAUAUAUGUCAAUAAAGGUGUUGAAUUGAACUGACCAAUCAUGUCAAUUCUGCUUCCCCCGACCCCCACAAAAAUCCUGGCUACGCCCAUGCUGGAAGGCCAGUAAAUGCAGAGUCUAAAAUUACCAAAUUGUUUCUGGUACCUGAACACUUUAAUAGCAACAAGUUGUUUUUUUUAUGAAAAAGAUAUCUAUCCUCCUUCUCACUCCAAAGAUGCUCAAGCUGGCUAACGAACAGUAAUACGCACAGAAUAUUACUGAGGUGUGUACAAUGUCUCUCUCAUAUUUUUCCCUUCUAACAUUUUAACAAAUCAGUUUUGGUUAUUGAGACAUUGGGAAGAAAAGGGGGGAAGAGGAGGUUGGGAUGGGGAGAUGGAUGGGGGUGGUGUCCAUUCUGAAGGUGGGGGAAGAUGAUGGUGUGUAGCCUGGUGUAAAUUAAUUUGUAGCCUGGGGGGAUCACCGCGCCCCGCGGUGUGGACUGUCCCUGAGAAUCGUAGACUGUCCCCGGGACAGGUGAGGGUGCUGAUCCCUUCUUUUCAAAUCCGAAACUUGGCAGCUAUGUUAAGAACAUAUGUAAUAGGAGGGAGAUAUAGAUAUGGAGUCUAGCACCCGCCCUGGUAGUGUAAGUUGUGGUUUUGUGUAUGUAGAAAACCGCCUUUAACUACCACCAAGUACACAGAGGGGCAGGGGAGACAGGACAAAAAGGAUGAAAACACUUAGAGGAGAUUCCCAUGUUGAAGGUUUGGAUUCAAGGUACUGUAGAUCCCUGGUGAAAGAAAGGCAUUCCCCUCCAACUCAAUCCCCACACCUCAAAAAAGCUGUUACUGGUCCCAUUAGCUCCCCGUCCACCACACACACACACACACACACAUACUUGAAAAGAGACAUACGAUCCAUUCAGGGACUUGCACAGUAUCAACCCCCAGUGUUAUCUUGCAAAUGUGGUAUUUGAGAAACUAUGUAAUGUAAUGUAAUGCCUGCUGUUCCAUUUCAAAAGAGGUUCUCUUGUGCUGCACUCUGGCAAACUGUGCUUCAGAUGCAUCUCGGUUUCUGUUUCUCAGCUGCCAGAAAGGGAAUGUAAAUAAAUGGUAGCGAAAGAAGAAAGACGAGCUGGACCAGAUGAUAAGCAAUCCCACAUUCUUUCUCUUUUGUCAAGAGGGAGGAGAUCUGCAACUUCAGCCGACUAGGGCCAUGGGCUCAGCAUUACACAUUAUAUUUCUAUAUCUCACAUCAGCCCUCCGAGGUACAGUGGCAUCGCAAGGGGGUGGGGGGUGCCAUGUCUGGAGGGGUGACAAAAAGGCACCCCGCAGGGUGCUCGCCCGUGGUGGCGCGAGUAGUCAUCGCGCCACCACAGUGCAGGAUCCUCCGUUCACGGCUGCAGCUACGAGCAGAAGAUCCUGCCACCGUCUAUGUGACAUUUGAGCAGCACCGGCGGUAAACUGCUACGUACAACGCAUGCAUGGUCUCCCACGCAUGCGCUGUACGUAGUGAUGCCACACAUGUGCCCUACAUAGCUUUUGUUUGCCCCUGCUUUCAGUGUUGUGUUUCCUCUUUUUGGGGGGUGUCUUGAAGUCUUCACCUUGCCAGGUUGUCUUUCCCUCCCCCCAUCUGUCCUGCUCUUCUCAUACUGGUCUCAUCCACACCAUGUCUCUCAAGUGCAUCUGUGAUGGACAGCAGAGCCAGACCUGAGGCCUGGAGCCAUAGGAGCCAUUUCUGAGGGAGACAGUUGGAUGGGGCUGGAUUUGAGAGGGGAGGCAGGGUUCAGGUUGAGGGACAGCGACAGCCAAGGCCUGGUUGAAAGUACUCAAUUUAUUGAGGUUCCCAGCAGAUGCCCUCUAUGAAAACAUUACCUGUUGAGAAAAGCUUAACAACUUGGCCCGCCCCCCCCCCAAAAAAUCCUGGCAACACCCAUGGGGACAGGGUUCGAGAUAUGGAUUGGAUUUGACUGAAGGAGAACUGGCUCUGAUCUGAGUGGAAAUCUGCUCUGAGGAGAAUAUCUAUCUAUGGCCAGAGGAAGGAGCCUCUCAGCUCAGAUACGAAGAGUGAGUAUUCAGACAGGAGGUCCCUGGAGGGCUGAGUGAGCCAGGAGAGGAAGAAGCUGUGGGAAGGCAGACUAAAGCCGGGUCUCCUUCCAUUCGGGAGGGGAGAGAUAGUAUAGGAAAAGAAGACCCCCAAGCCAGUCCCAAGGGCCAAGGGGAAUCCCCUGGGGUGGCAUUGCGAAGAGAGAGGAGAACUGACGGAAUGGGCCCCUUGGUCAAGAACCAAAUGAAUAAAGUGUGAAGGAAGCUGUGCUGUGGCAAAGGUAUUUAACUCUAACAUCUGUCAUAAUUAAGUAAAGGAAUGAGAGGGAAGGAACAGAAACCAAGUUAAACGUUUUACCACCUAGAACAACUGAUUUUUAGCAAAAUAAAAAAUUCUUUCAGUAGCACCUUAAAGACCAACUAAGUUUUUUAUUUUGGUAUGAGCUUUCGUGUGCAUGCACACUUCUUCAGAUACACUUGAAACACAGCUACCUACCUGUAACUAGAACUGAUUUUUAGUAACUGAAGUUUAAGAAAAGCUGUGCAUAUACUAAUGUGUUUAAGCCUGUGACGUCCUUAUAUUUAGUUUAAGUAAUAACUUCUACGUGAAAGAACGCAUCUCCUGACCCAACUUUGUUUCAGCAACCUCUUUUUUUUGAAAAUAAAACUUUUCUUGUUUGAUCAACUCCUGCCUGA